UUGUUCAAUUGGCAGAUAGAGAGUGAGUAUUUAUCAAGAGAAUUUGGACAUUUUUUUGUUUAGAGAGUUAGUAUGUGACUGUGGUAUCCUUUCUGUCUCAGUGCUUUGCGAUUGAAGAAGCUUUUCUGUCAUUUUUCUUUAAUCACUUCUCACAAAAAUCCAGAGAAUGGGGCGGGAAAGGCGAGAGCGAGGUGAACUUUGUUGGCCGUUUGAAGCGUUGGCUGUCGGCCAUGUUGUGGGUGAGGGUGGUCCUUGGUCAUGGGCUUUGGCAGUCCAGUAGCAUCAGCAAACACGUUGAUGGCAUGGCUGUUUUGUUAAUCUAAUAACCUUUAGUUUUGAUGAAUUUAAUGUUAGCGACAUGUUUUGUUUACACGAUCAUUUAACAAUCCAUUUUUUUCUCUUAUCCACGGAUUGCCAUCAAUUGCUUUUAAUGUUGUCAUAGAAGAAUUUCCUAGAUUGUUCUCACUCUGGCCACCAAAUAUAAAAAUUGGUCAUGUUUCUUGCACCUAUGAACUGUCCAACCCACCAUCUUUGUUGGCUUGGGGAUUACUGAUUAGUAUAUGUGUGAAAAUUCCAAAGAUCAGAGGUUCGAAGGUUGGUGGCAGAAUAAUAAGAUGAAGAACUAUAAUCUCUACAACGUGUUGUCCUACUUUAAAUUCCCAUUUCCUUAACAACUCAUCUUCAUAGCCUCCUCUCUCUCUCUCUUGGCAAGAACCACACUGCUUAUAGUUAUAGCAGAUGAUAUUUAUGGGUUUUCCAAGUUCUAACUUGGCUCCCUUUCUCACUCUGUUUCUGGUCUUCUUUGUGGCUAAUGGGCAGUCUUCGGUUCGUCCAUUUUUCAUAUUUGGGGACUCUGUUGUUGAUGUAGGGAACAACAACCACAUCUAUACCUUUAUAAAAGCAAACUUCCCUCCUUAUGGAAGAGACUUUGUUACUCACGAACCAACUGGGAGAUUCUGCAAUGGAAAGCUAGCCACAGACUUCAUUGCUGACAUGAUAGGCCUGACUUAUCCACCACCUUAUCUUAGCGGAAGAGCCAGAGGAACAAACCUCUUGAUUGGUGCCAACUUUGCCUCAGCUUCUUCUGGUUACUAUGAUGCAACAGCGAACCUAUAUCGUGCGAUCCCAUUGAGUAGGCAGCUGUUGUACUACAGAGAAUAUCAGAACAGGUUGGCUGCAGUUGUAGGGAGAUCAAAUGUUGCAUCAAUAAUAUCUCGUGCAAUCUUCAUUGUUAGUGCUGGGAGCAGCGACUUUCUUCAAAACUAUUACGUUAAUCCUCUUCUCUACCUGGCCCUUACUCCUGAUCGGUUCUCAGACCUUCUCAUACAAUCCUACACGAGUUUCAUUCAGAGACUCUAUGCAUUGGGAGCAAGGAGAAUUGGAGUGACAACACUGCCACCUAUAGGAUGCCUGCCAGCAGCUAUAACGAUAUUUGGGGCGGCGGGUAGCAAUGCGUGCGUGGAAAGGUUAAACAACGAUGCAGUUUCCUUCAAUUACAAGCUCAAUGCUACAUCUCGCUGGCUGCAAAAUAACCUCCAUGACCUCAAACUGGUGGUCUUUGAUACCUACCAACCUCUCUACGAAAUUGUCACAAACCCUUCAAAAUAUGGGUUCUUUGAGGCAAGGAGGGCUUGCUGUGGAACAGGCUUACUAGAAACGUCAAUACUAUGCAAUCCACUAUCCGUAGGCACCUGUGCAAAUGCAUCAGAGUACGUAUUCUGGGAUGGUUUCCAUCCCUCGGACGCUGCAAACCAUGUUUUGGCUUCCAGGUUGGCGCCGAGUGGCAUCUCCCUGAUCACCCCGUCACAUCUUUGAGAGCUGGGUUACCAUGAUUAUUCUGGUUUUACUUGCAACGUGGAUGGCAAAAGAUGGUAGAUUUAUAUGAAUAGAGAUCAUUUAGACCGUUUAUUAAUUAUACUAGUUGCGAAAAACUGAGCCAUGCGCGAGAAAAAUCUUUAAUCUUUAAUCUUGUUUUUAAUCUAAUUGUGAAGUUAUUUGAAUGCGUUUAUUUUUUUUAUUACUAGUUUUAAUGAAUUACAUAUGGUGUAAAGAAAAUGAAAUGUUAUAGAUGAAAGAUGAUAUGGUAUUUUCAGCUUUAAAAUUUUAUGAUC